GAGGAUCCGCGAGAGUCCCUGAGGCUGCCGGUGUUUGCGGGUCGCGAGGAGCGGGGCCUGCCGGGCGGCGUGUGUCGCGAUGCCGGAGCUGGCUGUGCAGAAGGUGGUAGUUCACCCCUUGGUGCUGCUCAGUGUGGUGGAUCAUUUCAACCGAAUAGGCAAGGUUGGAAACCAGAAGCGUGUCGUUGGUGUGCUUUUGGGGUCAUGGCAAAAGAAAGUACUUGAUGUAUCCAACAGUUUUGCAGUACCUUUUGAUGAAGAUGACAAAGAUGAUUCUGUCUGGUUUUUAGACCAUGAUUAUUUGGAAAACAUGUAUGGAAUGUUUAAGAAGGUCAAUGCCAGAGAAAGAAUCGUUGGGUGGUACCACACAGGUCCUAAACUACACAAGAAUGACAUCGCCAUUAAUGAACUUAUGAAGAGAUACUGCCCUAACUCAGUACUGGUCAUUAUUGACGUGAAGCCAAAGGACCUGGGACUGCCCACAGAAGCAUAUAUUUCAGUGGAAGAAGUUCACGAUGAUGGAACUCCAACCUCAAAAACAUUUGAGCACGUGACCAGUGAAAUUGGAGCAGAGGAAGCUGAGGAAGUCGGAGUGGAGCACUUGUUACGAGACAUCAAAGACACUACAGUGGGCACUCUUUCCCAGCGGAUCACAAACCAGGUCCAUGGUUUGAAGGGACUGAACUCCAAGCUUCUGGAUAUCAGGAGCUACCUGGAGAAAGUGGCCACGGGCAAGCUGCCCAUCAACCACCAGAUCAUCUACCAGCUACAGGACGUCUUCAACCUGCUGCCGGAUGUCAGCCUCCAGGAGUUUGUCAAGGCCUUUUACCUGAAGACCAACGACCAGAUGGUAGUGGUGUAUUUGGCCUCGUUGAUCCGUUCUGUGGUUGCCCUGCACAACCUCAUCAACAACAAAAUUGCCAACCGGGAUGCAGAGAAGAAAGAAGGGCAGGAAAAAGAAGAAAGCAAAAAGGAUAGGAAAGAUGACAAAGAGAAAGAAAAAGAGAAGGAAAAGAGUGACGGAAAGAAAGAAGAGAAAAAGGAGAAAAAAUAA